AUGCCCUUCCCUUCACUCCCUGCCUUUGACCCUACUCUCCCUGGACCUUCUGCCCCAACUUCUUCAGCUUCCGCCAUCUUUCCAGCCUCAGUCGGACGGGCGCGUAGACCCUUCUGGAAGGAAUGCCGCGAUGGUGCGCAGGGAGAGCCCCGGGUCCAGUUUAAACUUGUAUUGGUUGGUGAUGGUGGUGCCGGAAAAACGACCUUUGUGAAAUGUCAUUUGACUGGUGAAUUUGAGAAGAAGCAUGUAACCACCUUGGGUGUUGAGGUUCAUCCCCUAGUGUCCCACACUAACAGAGGACCCGUUAAGUUCAAUGCGCGGGACACGGCCGGCCAGGAGAAAUUUGGCGGACUGGGGAAUGGCUAUUGUCUCCAGGCCCAGUGUGCCAUCAUAAUGUUCGAUGUAACAUCCAGAGUUAUUUACAAGAACGUGCCUCACUGGCAUAGAGAUCUGGUGCGAGUGCGUGAGAACAUCCCCAUCCUGUUAUGUGGCAACAAAGUGGACAUUAAGGACGGGAAAGUGAAGGCAGAAUCCAUUGUCUUCCACCGAAAGAAGAAUCUUCAGUACUACGACAUUUCUGCCAGUAACGACAACUUUGAAAAGCCCUUCCUCUGGCUUGCUAGGAAGCUCCUUGGAGACCCUAAUUUGGAAUCCGUUGCCGUGCCUGCUCUUGCCCCGCCGGGGGUGGUCUUGGACCCAGCUUUGGCAGCGCAGUGUGAGCACGACUUAGAGGCUGCUGGAACCACUGCUCUCCCGGAUGAGGAUGAGGAUGACGACCUGUGA